AUGAGCAGACAUCGCUAUGUUAGAAAUAUGAAUUUAGAUGACGAACUCGACGACGGUGGUUUCAGCGAUGAGUACGAUGACGACACUCAAGAUCAAGUAGUUUAUGAAGGUAUCACAGAAGAUCAACUUGAUCAAUUAUACGCUGGUUUAGACAGCAUACGCGAUUCUAUCCCUGAUUCUACCUCCUCUGACCGUGAAGUCAAGGACGCCUUGUGGUACUUCUACUUUGAUGUUGAGAAAUCCCUUAAUUGGAUUCUCGAAGAAUCCUCUAGACGCGCAGACGCUCAGCGCAAAAAGAAGGAGAAAGGUGAGCUCUCUUCCCUCCCACUCGACCCGCAUCCGUCCAACUAUCCUACUCUUCACCUAGAUGAGGCGCCUCUGUCAGCACUUAAAAGGCUUGCGAUUGCACGCCAGUCAAAGUCACAGCCAUCGUCGUAUCAGCGCCAGCACAUUCUCUUCACUGGAAGAGGCAGGGCGCGUGUACCCCUGCCUUUUGAUGUAGAGAAAGCUAUCCAUGUGAAACCUGAUAGGAAGGUGUCUAUGGUUUCUGAAAAUGUUGCCGAACAACAGCGAUCGCCGACAUCGCCUACUGCUCCUUCUAAACCUAUGUCCAAGUUGGCGGCUAUGGCAGCAACUAGAAGGCAGCAACAGCAACCGCAGCAGCCUCAGCAGCCAUCCACACCUACAACCUCUAAACCACACUCGCACACCUCUGAUGCAUCCACCAAACCGCUCUCAAAACUACAGUCAAAAGUCCUUCAAGCACGCGCAGCUCCUCCGCCAGACCAGCCACCACCACCGCCACGCGAGCUGACUCAGGCCGAGAAACUUUUCAUAGAGCUCGACACUAAUAUAGAGAAGAACACUCCCUCUGAAAUUGGCAACGUCAUUAUUAAAGCAACAUCAAAACCCCAUGAACAUCACCUAGCCUCAGAGGCUAAUUUGUGGAUAUCUCAAAAAGGUGCAUUCGACGGACCCAGUCCAGACGAUGUUGUGCUUUUGGCUCGCAAAGGCACAGCCCUCGAUAAACAGAAUCGCACAUCCAAGCCAAACUCCAAGGCAUCCACUCCCACCCCAGGCACACCUCGGAAAGAGUUUGCAAAUCUCAGCAAAGAUGUUAGCAAUCUCAAAAUCUCAGCCAACAGCACCCCGGCGCCAUCGCGCCCAUCAACACCACAGAUUCAAGAAUCGAAGAAGCUAAUCCCGCGUCGAGAAUUGGUAGAGAAAGUGCAGAAGACGCUCACCAGCGACAUAAGUCUGUGUGUAGUUGGGCAUGUUGAUGCAGGUAAAUCAACUCUCCUGGGUCGACUGCUUGUCGAGCUUGGUGAAAUGACAGACCGUGAACACGAGAAAAAUGCGCGUAAUUCCGACAAACAAGGCAAAUCUUCUUUCGCAUAUGCAUGGGCAAUGGACGAUCUUGUAGAGGAGCGUGAACGAGGUGUGACACUGGACUAUGCUGUGACAUCCCUGCGCACCAAGGACCGUUUACUGCAUAUAGUUGAUACUCCAGGACAUUCGCAUCUUGUUCAUAAUAUGAUCUCCGGCGCGCAGCAAGCGGAUGCUGCUCUGCUUAUUAUCGAUGCUCGUCAUGGCGAAUUCGAGAAAGGGUUCUCGGAAAGAGGUCAGACUAGAGAGCAUGCCCUGCUCGUGCGCAGCCUUGGUGUAAGGGAGCUUGGUGUGGUCGUCAAUAAGAUCGAUGCGACAGGCUACUCACAGCAGCGGUUUGACUUCAUCACAGACUCGCUUAGACCAUUUCUUAUCAAGAAUGGUUUCAAUAAGGAUCGCAUUCAGUUCGUUCCGUGUGCUGCUAUGACAGGCGAGAAUGUUACGAAACGGUCAAAUGAGUCGCUUUGUGGGUGGUAUAAGGGUCUUACUGUCGCUCAGGUUUUGGACCACCUUGAACCCCCUCAACGUCCCCUAGAAGCCGGGUUGCGUUUGCCUGUUCAUAACAUCUUCAAGGGCCAAACUGCAAUAGCAAGUGGGGUAGGUGUCACUGGUAGAUUGUGCGCUGGUGUGGUGCAGGUUGGUGAAAAGGUUAGAUGCAUGCCGGGAGACGAGCAUGCUAUUGUCAAAAUGAUCGAGGUGGACGAGGAACCAGUGCCAUACGCCGCUGCUGGUACCAAUGUCACGCUGUAUUUGGCGAAUAUUGAUCCAAUUCACCUGAGUAUUGGCUCUGUUCUUUGCUCACCAACCGAUCUUGUCCCACUAGCAACACGCUUUGUUGCACAGAUUCUGCUCUUCGAUACACACAUCCCUAUCCUACCAGGAACGACUUUUGAGAUGUUCCUGCACUCAAUCAACACUUCAGCCAGUGUGACCAAAUUAAUUGAAACAGUGGACAAAAAUACAGGCGCUGUACUUAGAUCCAAACCGAGGGUCCUCAGUGGAAAUACAGCAGCACGUGUAGAAAUGGCGGUUGGAUCAAGCUCCCUCACAUCGCAAUCGGGCAGUGGAAUGCCUUCUAGCAAUCUCAUUGCGAUUGAAAAAUUCAGCUCUAAUAAGGAUAUGGGUAGGAUACUGCUCCGUCACGAAGGCGAGACAAUAGCAGCUGGUAUCAUAAUCGAUCAUAUUCGUUAA